AUGUUGCCCUGCUUCCAGCUGCUUCGCAUGGGGGUUGGGAGGGGUGGAGAUCUCUAUACUUUUCACCCCCCAACUGGGGCUGGCUGUACCUACCACUUGGGCCUCAGGCCUGAUCUGUGUGAUGUGGCCCUUCGGCCCCAGUGUGAGCCUGUCCUCAUCUCCCCCGUCCAUGCCAAGCUGCAUGCUGAAGGCCAAGGUGACGACUGGAGAGUCAGCCUGGAGGACUGCAGUAGCUAUGGUACCUUGGUCAACAAUAUCAGACUCCCCAGGGGUCACCAACUGGAACUGAGUGACGGUGACUUCCUGACCUUUGGCCCUAAGGGGCCCGUGGGGGCCAGCCCUCCUGAGUUCUACUUCAUGUUCCAGCGUGUCCGAGUCCGACCCCAAGACUUUGCCGCUAUCACCGUCCCCAGGGCUGGGGGGGAGUCAGGAGAUGAAGGUGGCUUCUGGCCCAUGCUGCCCCCUCUGGGGGCCCCACAGCGUCCCCUCAGCACCCUCUCCCCCGCUCCCAAGGCUACCCUGAUCCUCAGCUCCAUUGGCAGCCUCAGCAAACUCCAGCCUCAGCCCCUUACAUUCUCCAAGGUCGGGGGUGGAAGUCAAGGCCUGACCUUCCCUGUGACCUUUAGGGAGGCAGGGUCCACCCUUCCCACCCCACCUCCAGCCCCUCGAAACCGUCGGAAGUCAGCACACAAGGUGCUGGCUGAGCUAGAGGAUGAAGGGGGAACUGAGGAAAGCCCUCCCAGGAAGAAGCCUCGAAGAAUGAAGAUUCCAGUCACCCCCAGUGGAAAGCGACAUGGUCGUCCCCGGAAGUACCUGUCAUCUCGGACUGUAGCUCCCCCUCCAACUGGGGGAGGGGAGCCCUGUGCAGCCCCCAGCUGCCAACCACCCCAGGAAGAGACAGUGGCCUGGGUCCAAUGUGAUGGCUGUGAUGCGUGGUUCCAUGUGGCCUGUGCAGGCUGCAGCUACCGGGCUGCCCAAGAGGCCGACUACCGCUGUUCUAGUUGCCAAGCCUAAGGUGAUGGAAAUCGGUUAAGAAAGGUCCUAGCAACUUGCUGUACUCCAUGGAGAUGUGACCCAAAGCCAGGGGCUGGAUAUGGGAGGAAUGAAAGGGGUUCUGAAGGAAUGCUCUCUACUUCCCUCCCCAGGAGGAAAGACCUCCAGGAAGGAAUUGCCCAUUGCCAUGGAUGCUAACUGACUAAGGGACCCUAGCAGGCCCCUAAAGCCACAUGGAAAAAAGUGACUUUUUGGCUGUGGCUGUUGUCUCAAGGAGUAUCCAGUUGCUAGAGAAUGUGGAAUUGAUUCCAGGGUCCUGUUGCCCCCAGAUGCCAUAUGCCUGGGGCCAGAAAAUUAGCAGCCCUGGAAGUCAAGACCAUGUCAGAUGAAUGGCUUCAGGAACCCUAGAAUUGGAUGGGAAAGACUUCAGAGAGCCAUUUAUAGUAUUUCCCUGGGAGAAUCUGGAAAA